GGUAUACAACAGAACAGAUAGAGCUGGCUGUAAUUUUUAUGCACUUUGCAGCAAGGAAUGUGAGAUUGAGCCCUUCUACGGGCCAUGUCAUCUGACAACUCCUGCUCCUUCAGUCGCCUCAACUACAUCACAAGCUGCCUCACCAACCACAGCAACAACCACCACAAUUUCAGUAGAAAGAAACUGCACUCAUGUCAAUCCUGCACGAAAGCCUGGAGAGGAGUGGAUAGAAGAAUGCCAGAAAUGUGUCUGUGAUUCCCUCACUGCUACUGCACAAUGCCAGCCACUCCCAUGCCAAACAGCUCAACAAACAACUUGUGACCUAGGAUUUGUUUCCAUGGCUGUAAUACCACAAAAAGACCCAUGUUGUCCUGAAUUUGAAUGCAAACCAAUACCUGAUGUCUGUGUGAUUAAUGGAACAUUGUACACGGUUGGAAAGUCAGUAGUAAUCGAUUCAUGUAAGAAGUGUACCUGCAGUUCUGAGAAGGAUCCAGAGACUAAUGCAAACAUUAUGCAUUGUGAAACCGUUCAGUGUGAGACAUCUUGCCCACUGGGUUACCAAUACAUGGUUGAGGAAGGAGAGUGCUGUGGGAAGUGUAUUGAAGUAGCUUGCAAAGUCAAACUCAGUAACAACACUGUUCAUGUCCUCAAUGUUAAUGAGAUCCUGCCACUCGAUCAGUGCAGCAACUACAAGUGUGAAAAAAUUGAAGAUCAGUUUGUUGCAGUCCAAACGAAAAGAGUAUGCCCUGAGUACGACCCCGAAGAGUGUGAUCCUGACGAAACAGAGAUUACAUCUGAUGGCUGCUGCAAAAUAUGUAAACCUAAAACCUGCAAGCCUCACACCAAGGAAACUGUGAUCCGCCAUGCUGACUGUGAGUCUUCUGGACCUGUUCAGGUCUCAUAUUGUGAAGGAACUUGUCCUAGCUCCUCAAUGUACUCUCUUGAAGCAAACCAGAUGGAACACACGUGUGGCUGCUGCCAGGAACUCAGCACCCAAACAAGAGAUGUGACCCUGACUUGCCAAAAUGGAACCAGCAUAAAUUAUACCUAUCUCUACGUGGAAAACUGCCAGUGUGUAAAUGCUUGCUCUUCAGAAACCACUGCAGCACCUGACUCCCAGUUCCAACAAUCUAGAAAAUAUGGCUCCCAAUUGCAGCAGGCUAUAUCACUUGGUUCCCAAUGGCAACUCAGCUGAGGAUAUGAUCACUGGAAAAAGGGAGACCCUAAAGAAGCUGGAAUCAUGUCUUCCUGAAAACAAAUUGUGCUCCUUCUUUAACAUUCCUUUUUCAUGACUUACUUGUAAAAAUAAUUAAAAAAAAGGUCAAUUAAAUUGCAGUGUUUGGGUUUUUUUUUUUAAUGUUACAGUAUUGAAGAGUAAAAACAGAUGACUGCAAAAUACCUCAUGUAACUUACAGAAAUAUGCAAGCACAUGCUUUAUCACAAAACCUAUAUUUGAGGUAAAAAAGAAUUCAGGAGCCUCUAAAAAAUAAAGCAAGAAAACAUUGCAGCUACAUUGUACUUCUUGAUCCUAGUGAAAGCAUUAUUGCAUAUUCUUUUUAUAGACAUAUUAGUCCUAACACAUCUCAAAAACAGGGACAAAGCUGUUUUAUUUGAUCACUAAAACUUUAAGUACUUUUCAGUUGUGACUGCUCAAUACCCAUCUUCUUUACCUAAAUGACAGUGAGUCCAAGGAAUGGCAUCAGAAAGUUUUGACUCAGAGGGGUAUAUUCUCGACCAGUCUUUGGGAAUACAGCCCUCUUCCUGAACUAGGUACAAUUCCUUCACCAAUGUCCAAAUAGCUCUUCCCACUGGCAUAAAAGAUGAAAAAAUUUGCUCCUCUUAUCUGCUCACUUCCACCUCCUUUAGUUUGUUCCUCAUGCUGCAUGUACUGUAUGCAUUUCAAAUGUGCUCCAGCAUACUCACACAUCACGAAGCAGUGUGGAGGAUCUUGCUACCAUUCCAUCGGUCUAACACUGCUGGGUGGCCACCAGGCUUAUGUCCAGCAAGCCUGGGUUUAGCCCUUUUCCCCUUCAAUCCACUUAAAUGCUCUUUCAACAAGCACUGCACCCCCCUGCAAAGAUCCUUCUCUCUGUCUGAGACAGGUGUACCCAGCUGCUGCCACCAAGUAUCAAUCUGCUGGUUCUUCUUGUUUCUUCCCUCACCAUUCCCUGCAACUGGAAGGAUAAAGAAGAACACUACUCAUGCUCCUGAUCCCAUAGUAACCAGGUGUCCCAAGGCCCCAAAACCUCUUCUGAUCGUCCUUGGCCUUCAUAUUGCAAACUUCAUAAUUGCCUACAUGAGAAAGCAAUAAUGGAUAAUAAUCCAAGGGCUGUACCAGAGCUGAAAGUUUCCUCAUCUCAUCUGUAACCCAGGCCGCAGGGAAGCAGAUGACUUCCCUAUGAAGUGGGGCUUGCCAGGAAAUUGGACCUUCUGUUCCCCUCACUGGAGGGUUUCCUGUGCCAGUACCUCACCUUUCUUUCCUUCUGGAAGCAGUUUCAACACAGCGCAUAGGGGAACUUCACCUUAGUGAAUCUUCCUACAGAGAUGAACCAUCAUCCUCAUCCUUUGAUUUCCCCUUGCAGAGCCUUGUACCUAUUAAACGCGGGCACCUGAGAAGGUGGGGCAGUCACAGAGGAGUAUCCUGGCCUACCAGGCAGGAAUUUGUAAUCAUUACCCCCUUUUGUAACUACUUAAAGAAUAAUUUUUAAAAAAGUUUUAAGCAUUUUAAAUCAACUUAAUACUCCACAUUAAACUGAUGACUAUUACAGAGGUAACAAAUUUAAACCAGAAAAACUUUGUCCUGUGAGUGUUAAGUGCAUGGUAAUCCAUAGAGAAACAUGGACCGCAGAGACAUGGAAAGUGUAAUUCACUGGAGUUAUUUUACAAUUGGAGAUUAUUUUAAAUAAAUUUAAUUAUCCUUCAUUCUCUUUCAAUGGUAAAUACAUUAAACUUAUAAAAAUUCUCAAUUUUUUGUACACUGAAAUGUUUUAAUAACAUGUUCUGAGUGAACUCUUUGAAUACUUCAAAUAGUAGUGCUUUUAUAAUUCUCUCAUCCAUGGAAACACAUAUGUAGCUCAGAUAAUUUUCAAUCUACUUGCUUUCCACAAAUUCACUUUUCUCAUCUAUAUGCAAAUUUUCCUUCCUUCAAAAGUUAUGGUAUAACCCAAGUAUAUCUUACGAAAUUAAUUAUGCUUUUUGGCAAGAUAGUAAAGAAAAUACUUCUAAAAUAUACUGCUGCAUGAAAAUAGAUUAACUUGAGUUUCUGACUAAGCUUCCUGAGGAUCUAGAAGAGAAAGCUCAAGUCUUCAGUAGGCUACAACUCAAAACUGCAGAGAAGAUUGCUAAUAUGGGUUUUCAUUUUUCCUUCUUAUUCUAAGAAAACACAUAUUUGCAUUUCUCCUAGAGGCCUUGCUCACACUGAUGUUCUGAAAUUCAAAAUACACUGAUUUCUCUUUAUACCCCCACACAUCAUCACUGAUUAACACUGAAAUGAAAAAGCUAAUAAAAAUACAAAAUGCUAAAUAGAUGCUUCAGCAGCCACAAGAGCACCAACAUUUGUUUGAAGUAAACUAAUUUUCACCCCUCCUAUCUCUCACAGCAAAAUGGAGAAAUGUGAAAGCAAACUGUAACCUCUGAAGAUAAACUGGAAUAGAAAGUGAUACUCAAGGGUUAGAAUAAAGCACAAUUUUAACAUAGUUUUAUUUCAUAGUAGGUACUCAAUACUUUAAGGAAAAAAAAGAAUAAUCAGCUGUGAAAGAUUCCUCCAAACUAUUAUUUGUUAAAAAACCCAAACUCUUGAUUAGGAGAAAAAAGCACACUAUGAAUGGACAGUAAAUACCAAAAUCUUAGCUUGAUAAUACAGUAAUACUUCAAACUAGCAGUUGCUUAUUAAUCACAAUUAUCACUGUGCAUGGUGAUGCUAUUAAGUGAGAGAGGGCCCCAGAUACCUUUGUCACCACAGUACUAGAAAGAGAUGCUAUGCAAACCAAAUCUUUCAAAUUCAUUUAUCAUAUAUUAGCAGAUAAAACCCGCUCUUUUUGUGGCUGGAAUAGCACAUAUGGUCCAUUUCAUAACUCUUCAUUUGGACACCACUCCCAUCCAGAGUCCUCAAUCCUUCACACUGCAGCAUUCCCUCCAUACCCACGUGCCAUUCUUCCCUCCUCCCCUGCUCUCCAACGCUGUCUUUCAAACAAUGCAGCAUCACUACUGCCUUCUUCUGUCCUCAAUACGCAACACCAGCAUAUUUCCUUGAGAAAGCAGCCCCUAGACGAGUCAGAAAGAGGCACCUACCUGUAGAAGAAUUCUCAAAGUGCUUUUGAGCAUUUACUGUUACUGUUCCCAUCAGAUGGUCACAUUAAGAAGUAGUGUAGUUUGCCAACCAAUGUUCAACACUGAAUAGAAGACAGUAACCAAUACUUGAAUUUUAAAUCAGUAAAGACUCACACUCUGGUGCUCUCCAACAGAGACAUUAUACACUUUCAUUCAGAUGGUACAUUUAUUAAAUUAGAAUGAAAAAGUUAAUGUACUUUAGAGUGCAAGAAACAUAUUCGGACACUGGAACUCGAUACAGAGAAACAAUGUCUUCAGAAUAAUUACAGCAACACAACAUCCUCUGUAGGGUAUUACAUAUCAACCAAACAGGCAAUAACGUUUAUAAGGGGGGAAUAAACCCAUUCAGUACCAUCAGCAGAUGCAAAGAGCAGUAGAGAAGUUGCAAGGAUCUAGCUAGACAAAAAAUGUUCCUACCUUUAGCAAGCUGAGGCUCUUGGCAGGACUCAAACUACACUGAGAGCACUCACUUUUAGCAGAUGCCUGUCUUACACAGCUGGCUUUAACUCUAAGCUGCUGGAAGCUGCUGAGCAGAGGAGCAGCAUCAAACACAGUAUUACCCCAUGAGCAUUUUCUCAAAAGCUACAAUCAUGACUGACAAUUUGUUUGUUUUAAAUAGAAAACCAGACUUUCAGUUCCAAUACCUUAAUUUCACAGACCCUAAAAUAAGUAAACACCUCCUGCCUUUUUUUAUCUCUCUCCAAUUCAAACCUAACAACAAACAGUUUAACUGGAAGGAUAUGUAAGCUGAAAAGCUGAGUAGGCUGAUCAAUUUGUUCUUUUUAACAAGAGAAAGUAGCACAUAUUGAUGUGAGAGUUUCAUCUCUAAUGCUUAAUUUAAAAAAGAUAAAAAGAUGCACAGAACAAUAUUUAAGUAUAGUGUAAGAUAAUGAAACCCAUCUACUGGCCAUACCGCUCCUACACAUCCUAUUUUCAACUCACAUUUGUACCCUGUUUUGCAUAACACUUGCCUAGGAAAAAAAAA